AUGGGGAACUCGGAGUCCACUACACCUGUGCCCAUUAUACCUGAUCAGGAUCUGGACGAGUUUGUCCAGCAAUUGAAGCCCUGUAAUGAGUGCCUGAAUCAGAUCAACCAGCUGGUGAAGCACAUCUGUACCAUCCUGCAGAAGCCCAAGUAUUCCCUUCUUGUGCGGGAUGUGGCCAUGGGUGGGUCUUACGGCCGAAAGACAGUAUUGCAAGGAGACUCCAGUGGGACCCUCGUCCUCUUCCUGAAAUGCUUGACAGAAUUCCAGGAUUAUAAAAAGCACCAAGACGACCUCAAAACAAUCGCAAACUGGCUGAAGUUGCAACUGGAAAGCUCUGAGAGCCCUACCAACAAUUGUAAGGUGAUCGAGAGCAAGGGCAGGUUCUUCGUCGAGGUGUUCACCAAGCAUCACAGAAUCUGCUUUGAGAUGCUGCUUGCCUUCAAUGCUCUGGGUUUUGCCGAACACCCCAGCCCCUGCGUCUACCGAGAUCUCAAAAGAUGCUUGGAUGAGACACAAGCCAAUCCCGGCGAGUUCGCAGCCUGCUUCACGGAACUCCAGCAGAGGUUUUUUAACAAUUACCCCAGGAAACUAAAGCUUUUGAUCCUCUUGGUAAAGUACUGGCAUCGAAAGUGCCAAGAAAAGUGGAACAAUGACUGCUUCCCGUCUGAGUAUGCCAUGGAGCUGCUGACCGUGUAUGCCUGGGAGCAGGGCUGUGGAGCAAAAGACUUCAAUAUGGCCCAAGGUGUGAAGACUGUGCUGAGGCUCAUCCAGCAGCCAAAGAGGCUGUGUGUCUACUGGACAGUCAACUACGACUUUGAGGAUGAAACCAUCAGGAACAUUCUCUUGCACCAGCUGCAGGCUACCGGGCCAGUCAUCUUGGAUCCAACUGACCCCACCAACAAUGUGAUCAGAGACUCCAACAGAUGGUUUCCACUCCUUAAGGAGGCCCAAUCCUUGCUGGCUGCUGCUCCCAAUCUGCGCUCGGAGGUGCCAGCCUGGAAUGUUGUGUCAAAGUCACUCUUCGUGACCCCAAGCCACCUGCUGGACGAAUUCAUCAAGGACUUCCUGCAGCCCAACCAGCGCUUCCUGGAUCAGGUUGAACAAGCCAUUGAGCUCAUCUGCAAGUUCCUUCAAGAAAACUGCUUCUGCAGCUCAAGCACCAAGAUCCAGAAGAUCAUCAAGGGAGGCUCUGUGGCCCAAGGCACGGCCCUGAAGAACAGCUUGGAUGCCAACCUUGUUGUGUUCCCAGAAUUGCUGAAGACCUACAACUUCCAGAAAACUGAGCAGGUCACAGUCCUCAAGGAGAUCCAAAAGCAGCUGCAGAGUUACAAAAAGCAGGAGCAGCUGGAGAAGCAGCUGGAAAUGACCUUGGAGGUUUGCAAACGGAAGAACCCAAGGAUGCUGAGCUUUUCUCUGAAGUCCGAAAAACUUGACAAAUACAUCCGCGUGGACCUGCUGCCUGCUUUUAACGCACUGGGUCAACUGAAUGCUGGCACCACGCCCAACCCCCAAGUCUACACAGAACUCCUCCAACUGUAUAAAUCCCCAACUGCCUUCCUGGGUGGAGAGUUCGCCAGCUGCUUCACCGAGCUACAAUGCAACUUCAUCACAUCCCGGCCUGCCAAGCUGAAGGAUUUGAUUCGUCUGGUGCAGCACUGGUACCAGCAGUUUAAGAGGAAACUGAAAUCUGCAGGCUCUCUGCCCCCGAAGUAUGCCUUGGACCUGCUCACAGUAUUCGCCUGGGAGCAGGCCGGCAGCCAGGAAGACUUCAAUGCUGUGGAAGGCUUCCGGACGGUGCUGGAGCUGGUGACACAGUACCAACACCUCUGUGUGUUCUGGAAGGUCAAUUACAGCUUCAAGAAGGACCCGUUGAAGACCUUCCUACUGGCCCAGCUCAAGAAAACCAGGCCCGUGAUCUUGGACCCAGCCGAGCCCACACAUGAUGUGGGUGGAGGAGACCGCUGGUGUUGGCCCCUUCUGGCCAAGGAAGCAAGACAGUGGUUUCACUCCCCUUGCUUCCAAAAUGAGGCCGGGCAGCCAGUCCAGCCAUGGAAAGUGCCCGUGGCUGUGGUGUAAGAGCAGAGCCCUCCAGGUGCAGCCUGGAUUCAGGGCCGGGCACCUCCUGCAGCAGCUCAGCAUUGAGGCAGCCCACAAAGAACCAAUCCCCGAGCCCCAGGAAGCACACCACUGGCUGCUCCCUCCCUCAUUAAAGUGAUCCUGAAGCCAGCACCAGCUGGGGCACAC